GCCUGUCAUUUGAGCCUACUUUUCAGAGGCUCAACGCGACUCCAAUUUCCUCAAAUUCGACUUGAACGAGAAGAGAGAAAGAACAACAACAAAAUCUGCCUUUCGCCUUUUUAGGCCAGCAUUAUUUGGAAUGAAUGCUAAUGAUUGCGUUUGCUUCCAGUGCCUCAGUGCAUUGCUCGGAGUCACGACCUAAACCUCUUUUUUUCGCUCUGGCUCAGUUUUUUUUGAUGAGCUUCGGCAAUGCGAAGUCACGAACAUCAAGUGUUGAUCGUCUCCAUUUACUUGUCUUAAAGUAGGACCUCAAGGUCCUCUCUUGAUCAUCCAAAACACAGAAACCAUCUGGGGCAAUGAUAUGGAAUUACGAUUUUGGGGCACGUCGCAAGUUCAUUCACUUGAACGCCCAGUAUUAUUGUACGGAAGCUCUACGUAAAAGGAACUCUGAUAAUCUUUUGAACACUAUAGUCGAGUUUAAAGCGAAACUUACGCAAUAGCACAAUUUGUUUUUGUGCAUCUUAACAAAUACAGUCGUGAAGUGAAAACCAACCCGAUUCAAAAAGCACGUAAAAUGACAUUCCACCACAAACCACAAGUCGUCUCCAGUGUACUUUUGCUCGAAUCAAUGUUUGGACGAAGCUAAGAUAAAUGGAUCUGAUGCUAAUCCGAGUUGACAAUUUUGGACCUGAUUCCAAAUAAGGUCCAAGACGACUCUUUUGUCUUGGAGAAGUCGAGGGGCCGUUCGACGACUUUCGUCUUCUUUUAUCAUCUUAUCUCUAUUUUGAUGAAAGGUGCACAGGGAAUUCCUGCAUAUGUUUCAAAGUCCAUUGCAUGUACGCAGCAGUAUAUAUGGAGAGAGCCCAAAUUUAGACGUGCUUAACGAGAACCGGAAUGUGGCAAGCCAUCCCAGGAAUGGCACAAUAUCUCUCCAUUCUCGCAUGAUGCGUGGGAGGACAAUCCCGGAACAGAGGGCCUCCAAUAGAGAUCGAGCAGAAAAAGCUGCGUGGUGCUAAAGAUCCGUCCAAACAUUGCAUAAUGGUGAUUCUUAAAAAAAAGGGUCAAAAUUGUGCGUACCAUCCAUGAUGAGAUCGGCGUUUACUGCAUGAGUUGCGAUUUGCUACUGAUUAAAAGUACUUGACUCGUUGUGGGGAUGAACUGACCCCCAACUGGCAUAUCGUUUGGAAAACACUGCAAUCUCCAUGAGGGUCAAUCGUAAACGUCGCACGGGUUGGUGUGUUUUAAGUUCAUAUGAUUCAAGGGAAGUUUGAUCGACAGAAAAAAAUGUCUUCGUUUUCGUUUUCUCCUAAAUCUCUCUUGUUUCUUCCUCUUGAUUGCCCGGAUUCCGGUCGUUGAACGUGCAAUCAAAUUGAAGACCUACACUCUUUUCACAACAUGGCAGUAACUGCAUUUUUGGAAGAGGGAAGUGAGAAAUCCAUGAGCUAUCGAACACUAAUUUCGAAGCCAAUGAAGUGCAAAGCAGUUUUUUUACACACCAGUUCGCUCGAGCGUCAUGAUGUUCAACGUUCAUCAGGAUGAUGAUCAUGAUCAUCAUCAUCAUCCUGACUUUCGUUCGAGUUGAAAACACCUGCACCUACAGUUCGUUCCAUCAAGGAAUGUCUUAUAUUCCCUUAAACUGAAACCUCAUUUCUCUAUUAUGUGACAGUGCAGUGAUAAGUGAACCAUGAGUUUCUUCCAUCGUCGCGAUGCUCCCUUGGCUAGUAUGGAGGACAUCAGUGCUUACGCCACGCCCAUGUCCACCCCUGGUCCUACCCCGGGAGGAUCACCCAAGACUCGAGCUCGGUGGAGUUAUCGAUCCAGCUCUGGAUCACUAUAUGAGCCUUUGCUCAUUAAUCCUGAUCCAGAAGCUUGCCUGGAGUCUCCUCGAAAAGAAAACUUUGGUCCUCCUAUGCUCUCCAGUACUCCUAGUCAUCCUAAAAGACCGCUGCAUGUGAUCCCGGAAACUGGGGAAAUCCCCAAGAGAUUUGGAUCGCCAGCUCGAGAUCAAUUGCUCUUGAGAAAAGCUGUGGUUACCAAUGGGAAGCAACAUAUUCCACGGCAUUACUCUCGGAGACAUCAGCCGGCUCCACUCUUUCUGCAACAAAGAAGUCCCAAUCCUUCGCCUAAAAGUUCGAGUAGAUCCAUUGAGGGAAAGAACGGAGACCUGUACCCGUUAGAAACAAGGGUUGUGGAACCCAUUCAAGACUCGGAAAAAGUAUGGAUUUGGCCCACCAAGAAAGCUUGGAAUCCGUCAGAAUUCUCGCAAGAAGAAAGUGCCAGAAUCCUUGAUCCUGAAAAAGACGAGAUUUUGGGGAAGAAUGAAAAACAAGUUCAAUUUGUCACUCCAAGAAGAUUUAGCCCCCCUAAGUCGGAACGAGAUUCCAGGUCCAUUCUCUCUGACAAAUGUGGUCAUCGAAUUUGCCCCACUGACGAACUUUAUUUUUAUGGAGGGGAUGUUAGCAAUCCUCCAUCAGAUAGGUGGAAUUUGAUUUAUUUGACCUUGGUUCUUCAUGGAGUUGGAACAUUGAUGCCAUGGAACAUGUUCAUCACUGCCAAAGAGAGAGGAGACUGGUCCAGCACGGUAACACAGUACUUUGUGGACUACAAACUGGGAAAGGAUUACACAGGAGCCGACAUCUUGUACGCCACAUACUUUCUCCAGUACAUUGGUUUUGCCGCACAAGUACCCAAUGUCAUUUUCAACUGGAUCAAUGUGUUCUUGAAUGCAUCGGGGACCUUGACCAGCCGAAUCGUGUGGACUCUCCUCGUGGAGGUGAUCAUCUUUGUCAUCACAAUCAGUUUGGCCAUGAUUGAUUCAAGCAAAUGGCCUGGUAUCUUUUUCUACAUCACGCUCUUCAGUGUCAUCAUUCUAAACAUGGUCAAUGGCAUCUACCAAAAUACCAUUUACGGGCUUGCCGCCAAACUGCCGUUUAAAUACACCGGUGCUGUUGUUCUUGGCUCUAACCUUAGCGGGACUAUCGUCGCUCUAGUCAAUAUCAUCUCUAUCGCCAUGGCUCCCAAUCCUCGGACUGCCGCCAUCUACUACUUCAUCACCGCUUUAUUCAUCCUCUUGGCAUGCUUCGACACCUACUUUGCCCUACCUCUUAAUCGAUUCUUCCGUUAUCACGAUCAUAUGUACAAUCAGGCCUUGCAAGAGAAAAGGAACCGUAGUGUCAUCCACGCCAUCCCCUAUUGGAACGUGUUUAAGAAAUGUUUCCCACAGUGUUUCAACGUGUUCUUCACCUUCUUUGUCACCCUCACCAUCUUCCCCGCCAUCUUUGCCGAUAUUGCUCAAGUGGAUGAGAGCUUCUUUAUUCCGAAGCGCUACUUUUCAGCGUUAACCUGCUUCCUGACCUUCAAUCUCAGUGCUGUCUUCGGCAAUCUUAUUCCGUCAAUAUUCAAAUGGCCUUCGCCUCGUUGGCUAUUUGCGCCCAUUUUGUUGCGAUUUUUCUUCAUUCCAUUCUUCUUGCUCUGCAACUUCCGACCCAUCGGAGUGGAACGACUCUGGCCCGUUCUGAUCCAUUGGGAUUGGGCUUACUGGAUCGGUGGUGCACUCAUGGGUCUCACCAAUGGGUACUUCUCUUCUAUGGCCAUGAUGCUUUGCCCAAGAUCUGUGGAGCCUGAGUACGCUUCAACCGCCGGGAUGUUUGGCGCAGCUUCAAUCGUCACGGGAAUCUUCUCUGGCAUUGGAUUCUCCUACUUGAUGCCAGUCUUGGUUUCGCAUCCGGAUUUCAACUUUGAAGAGCCUUCUUGGUGGCCUCAUUUUGUGGGUUGAUUCCCCCACGGACUCGCAUUUAUCGAUGAUAAGCGAAUCCAAAUGGAAAGCACUGCCCACGUGAUGUGACAUAUCAUAAACACAGCCAAAGUCGCUGAAGGCACGGUUUUGCAGCUCUCGUGACCGGAUUGAACAUAUCCUUUACUUUAAAUAUUAAACCCCGAACAAAUCAAACGCCGGAACUGAACCCCAGUCUUCCCGAAAUUGGCUUUACCACAAGUCGGAUUCAUUUGUAUUUUUCUACAACUUCCCUCUGACGUAAGCAAGAUAUCUUCAUUAACUUAUUCCCUGGAAAAUCGAUCUCUCCGAAGCGCUGUUCUAGUCAGAAAAGAAAAUCACUCCACUCUCUUGCGUUGAUCAAUGAAUGAUGACAAAAUCGGCCUCAAAAUUCGGAUGGCAAGUUUUGUUCGAACUUUAUGCAAAAGUGAAUGACAAUAAAACGUUGUAGUAAAA